UCACAAGGCUGGCCAAUGGAUGCGGAGGGCAAGGUAAAUGAUUGGCCGUUGAAGGGCAGCGGCGCUUCACCUGCCCGUCCAGGUGAAUCGCGGACAGUCUGUGGACAUCCGACCGGCGGAGGACUGACCCGCUUCUCCCGACUGCCCGUGGGACCACUGCACCACGCUCUCUGUGUGAGAGGCAACGGGCUGCUGGAUCAACGCAGCACCGAGGGGCCGGGCCUGAGACACAGUGACCGUCACGGAGCAGACAUCCGACGAAUCGUUUUGACCUGCCGCACACCCUGGGGAAGGUCCUGUACUUCGAUAAGGUCUUUACUCUCCUAUACUACUGAAAAGAUGCUGCCAGUACUGGAUCAGGUCUUCACCCUGGACCACAGCAAGAUGUGGACCUACCUGCGGAGUGUGAUCAUCACCCUGCUCCUGGUCUUCUUCAUCAAGACCGUCUGGAACCUUGCCGCUCUUCUCAUUAACUUCCAUCGGAAUAGCAAGAAGCUGGCAUGCUUCGGCAGCCCCCCGAAGCGCAGCUGGCUCAUGGGACACCUUGGAAUGAUUCGCAGUUCAGAGGAGGGGCUGAACAUGGUUAAUGAAAUCGUCAAACGUCAUGUGACCUGUUGUGUCACCUGGUUUGGACCCAUUCAUCCAAUAGUGAGGGUCUUUCAUCCAUCGUACAUCAAGUGUAUCCUGUUUCAAUCAGCUUCCAUUGCCCCAAAGGAUGAACUCUUCUAUGGUUUCCUCAGACCUUGGCUGGGCGAGGGGCUGCUCAUCAGCCAAGGGGAGAGAUGGGCUCGCCAUCGCCGGCUGCUUACCCCUGCCUUCCACUUUGACAUCCUGAAGCCCUACGUCAAAAUCUUCAACCAGUCUGUUAACAUCCUGCACAACAAGUGGUUCCGGCUGUUAUCGGGAGGGGUGCCCUCCCUGGAGAUGUUUGACCACGUCAGCCUGAUGACCCUGGACAGUUUACUGAAAUGUACCUUCAGUUUUGAUAGCAACUGCCAGCUGCAGUCGAGCAACUACAUUAGAGCCAUCUAUGAGCUGAGUACGUUGGUGGUGAAGAGGGAGCGGUGCCUGCCGCAUCACAUCAACCUCAUUUACAAGUUCACGGCUGAGAGCAAGCGGUUUGACAGCGCCUGCAACCUGGUGCACUCCUACUCGAUGGGCGUGGUCCAGCGUCGCCGGGAGAUCCUGAAGGAUCAGGAGGCGGAGACCUGGUUUAAAUCCAAGCGUGGCAAGGUUGUGGAUUUCCUGGACAUCCUGCUGCUGUCAAAGGAUGAGAAUGGCCAAGGUCUGACGGAUGAGGAGAUCCAGUCGGAGGCUGACACUUUCAUGUUUGAGGGUCACGAUACGACAGCGAGUGGAAUCUCGUGGGUGCUGUACAACCUGGCCAGGCACCCGGAGUACCAGAGCCAGUGCAGGGAGGAGAUUGAGCUGCUGCUGAAGGACAGGGACGUUGAGGAGCUGGAGUGGGACGACCUCUCGCUGAUGCCCUUUACCACCAUGUGCAUCAAGGAGUCUCUGCGGCUCCACCCUCCGGUCACCACCGUCGCUCGCUGCUGCACCGAGGACAUCAAGCUCCCUGACGCCAGGGUCAUUCCCAAGGGGAACACCUGCCUGAUCAGCAUUUAUGGAACCCACCACAACCCUGCAGUCUGGCCAGAUCCUGAGGUAUACAAUCCAUUUCGCUUUGACUCUGAAAACGCAGACAAGAGAGCUCCGUAUGCCUUCAUCCCGUUCUCUGCCGGUCCAAGGAACUGCAUUGGCCAGAACUUUGCUCUUGCCGAGAUGAAGGUGACCGUCGCACUGACCCUGUAUCGGUUUGAGCUGGAACUGGACACUUCCCAGAAGGUGCGCAGGAAACCGGAGCUGAUUCUUCGGACUGAGGAGGGGAUCUGGCUUAAAAUGAAGCAACUACCGGGUCGAGAAGUCCGGGAACAAUCCCAGCAGGCGGUGGAAUGAAAACAGCAGGAGGGAAGGGGAGAAGUUAUUUCAUUACUUUAAUUGCCGAGAGUGGAAAUGUGAGAUGCAGGUGAAAAGGAAAGGGGAAUUCUUCUUUGUUACUCAGAGGAUUACUUGUGAUGGGUGGGUGAAAUGUUACCAAUGUGGUACAACUCUCUUGGAGAAUUCUACCUUCAGUGUCUAGGGCCUGGACUGUCCCGACGACCCCUUCCCUCUCCCUCCCCCCCCCAACCCAACCCAACCCACACCUUAUGAUCACUGACUGGCAUUCUUUAAUAAUUGUGAAAUGAAAUAAAAUAAUUUU